CGCGCUCCCGUCUCCAGGCAACGGGAAUAACAGAGGCCGCCUGAGAGCGCCUGCGCGGCGGUCGGUUGAGGUGGGGGUCUGGUCUGGAAAACUAAGUCCUGGUGCUUCCCCUGAGCAGGAACGGUCGCCAGUGACUCAGGUACGCGGGAGGGGGGGACAGACAUGGGGUCAGCGCCUCGACCCCCCCAAGGGCUCCAUGGACAGAAGAGCGAGGGCUUGCUUGUUCUCACAGCGGAAUCCCCUGUGGGGGCGCCCCGGCUGACCUCGUAACACAGAGCGUGACUUCGGCAUUCCGGAUCUAAAAGCUGCAGCGGCCGGGUCAGGUGGCCCCCAGCUCUCAGGUUACAGACCUUCCGCCGUCCGCACCGCCGGGACUUCUUGGGUGAGAGUUUGGCAGUCAGGCACCUGCUGCAGGCCCUGAGCGGCCUCUGUGUUUGGAGUCAAGCACGGUGCCAGCAAGAGCCAAGCCCUGAGAGCUCUCUUGUGCCAGUCACUUACCUCUGGGCCUUAGUUUACUCACCUGUGAAAUGAUAGGGCUGGAUUCAGAGUCCUAAGGUCCCUAAAUGCCAGUCAUGUAACUGAGCGAAACGUUCAGUUUAUGGGUGAAGAACCGAGCCAGCAAGGGGAAGCUGCUUGUGCUGUGUCACAGGCCUAAACCUUGACUUUCAAUUCGAUAGCUCUUGCCAUUAAAUCUUUCCGCCCAUCCAUACUGCGUAUGGCAGGAGCAUCACUGUGUAUGGCAGAGGCUGGUACUGGAAUAAAGCUAGGUGGCAGGAACACCCGUGUCACGUUCGUUUUUCUAUUCUCAGGACCUAGUUAAGUACCCACAGGAAAUAAUAAGCAUUCACCAAAUGCUUAUUGGAGGAAAGCUCUGGCAUACCCAACACCACUGUUCCCAAGAAGUUCAAGAGAAUAUGUAGGUAGGACAAAUGUGGAAACAGUUUACUUUAGCAGCUGGGGUGAACCUCAGACAAACUCCUUACAGAUAUCUGGUUUAAAUCUCCCCUAGGCUUCAGUCCAGUCCCUGAAUGGCUGGUCUCCAGUUGGCGCCACAUCUGCCUGUGGGCGUUAUGCUCCCAUAUAAUAAAGCGGAAGCUCCAGGGCUCCUCUCAGCUAAGCAAGAGCCCUGUGAAAAAGGUGACUCUUCUCAGCGGUCCUCAAUGGGGCACCCAAGGAACAAUUUCCAGCAGAAGCUUUUGAGCAACAAAGAGCUGAUGCCGGAGAAUCUCUACACUCCCUCCAAAUGGAACACGUACAGCAAAGCUUGGAGCUACUCCUAUCCCCAGUGUGUUGGAAUCAGCCAGCAGGAUUCCAGAAGCAGUCCCCAGGGCCAAGCAAAGGGUUUGUUUUACUCAUCAGAUCCUCAGUCCUGGUAUCCCAAAGCAGAUAACCAGGAAUUCAUCCCCUUUACAAAGAAGCGAGUUGGGGUGGACCGGGCAUACCCACUGAAACCUGUGUUCCACAGGAAGUCUCAUAGUACGAGUGAGGCUGCCAUUGAUGGGGACCAGAAUGUCUCUCCAAGACCCCCUGAACCAAGAGGGUUUCCAUACAGCAGCGUUGGUUCAAGGAACUGGGAGAAUUCAUCUGGGGUUUGUGCUGUUGCUGCCACACAGGAGGAGAGGGCUGUGGCAUAUCCCAACAGGACUGAACGGGUGCAGAUCCAAAGACUAGAAGCUGCAGGGGAGAGCUUACGGGAGGAAAUCCGAAGAAAAGAGACCCUCCUAAGGGAAAAGCUGAAGAAGACAGAGGAGGAACUCAGAAGGAUCCAGAAAGAAAAGGAACAGGCUAAGGAAAAUGAAAAAAGAGAGCUACAGAGAAUGACACUCCCCAGGAGGAGAGUUAAAGGUAAUAGCAACACCACAUACAAAUCUACCUUCUCCCCAGAACUGGGGGCUGAGGAGGUCUUCAGCAGACACAGGGGAGAGGAUGAAACUAGAGGAUGGCCUCAAGAAAAUUCUAGUCCACUCCAGUUCUCUGAUUAUGGAAUACAGAAGCUCAAAAGGGAAAGACUGGUGGCAAGCAAUAACAAAAUCCGAGACUUAGUCUCAGGGCCACCAAAAGAGUUCUCUCAGUCUUCAGGAGUGCCAGGCCGUGCUUCACGGGGAUCCACCAGCAAUUCUAGUCUGUCUAGGGCACCAGACUCCUCAGUUUCCAGCUGUUCUACCGAGGAGCCAGAACUUGGCGAAUGUAGCCAUUGUGGACGCAAGUUCCUGUUGCUCAGACUGGAGAGACACUCCAACGCCUGCAGCAGGAUGCAGAGUUCCAAGAGGAAAGUGUUUGACUCCUCCAAGGCCCGGGCCAAGGGCACAGAACUAGAGCAGUACUUGAACUGGAAGGGAUCAGCCUCAGUCCAGGCUGAACCUCCUCGGAAGAGCAACUGGAGACAGAAGCACGAGUCUUUCAUCUGUACCCUCCGUCAGGCUCGAGAAGUCCAGCAGGUGGCUGAGCGGCACAUUCCCAAGUGUAAGACCAUCAAGAACCGGCCUCCACCUCCAAGGAAGCAUCCCAGUUGAGCGGACAACAGUGGAAGCCUCCUUGAUAAUUCAGAAGGCUCUGCUUCUCUUCAGCAGUAAAUGGGAGUAGAAUAAUUUGAUGGAAAACAGAACUAAAAGUUUUAUACCUCCCCCAUCUGCCUGCAGAGCUUCAAUCAGUGAGGAGAGACCCUUUGCUAAGCAGCAGGAGGCAAAAGGAAGCCUCAGCUUCCCACUAAAUUACCAGCUCAGGCUGGAGUGCCUUGUUAUUGCCCUAAGAACGGAUGGCUGAAGACACUCGAGAGGCGAGCGGGCUACAUUAAAGCUCUGUUCUUGCAAGCCCGACUCGUGAUGUGUGCUGGUUAAGUGCCUGCAUUCGCUCUGCCUUCUUGCCACUGCCUCUGCAUGUAUGUCUGUGGUUCCAGUUACCUCUUCUCUUGCAGGAAGUUGGUUCAUUACAUUGAGUUGGGUCAGAGGAUCAUGAUCACCCAGGUGGUAUCUUAUGAAAGAUAAUACGAUUUUGCCGUAAGGCAAAUGGAAAUUUAUCCUUGACCUCCCUGAUGCAUGGUCCUGCCAAAAGCUAAUACAAGUCAGUAAGGUUAGGGUGCCAGUAUAUCCUAAAUCCUCCUGUGGUUACUGUGUACUAAAGGGAAACUCAUCUUUAUGUGCUUUACAGGGUAAAGGGGGGGGGGGUGGGGAGCACCCUGUAUGUCUCAGUAGUUGUUCUUUUCUAAUGGAUUUCAUGUCAAAAAAAAAAAAAAAAAGAAGAA